AUGUCUUCCACCGAAGAUGCGGCAUCGGUCGGGUUGGGUUUGGGUAACACAACUUCGGCAACUUCCACCGCAGCGACAUCCUCUGAGCCGGCGAUCCCCACCACGCACCAACAACCCAAGGGUCAUAGUUCGAGGCUUUCUGUGGCCGGGAGCGUAAUGGGCCGGAUUCCCUCGAACACCCCCUCGUUUGCGGGCGGAAGGUCGCCCAACCCGACCGACAAAGGGACCUCGCUUGAAUCGUCCGUCAGGAAGUUUCGAAUUGUCGAAGCCCUCCGUAACGGCGAUACCGCCUUCAUCUCCAAGGCCAUCCGCGAAACCGCCGACAACGCACCCCGCCUGAGCACCUCGUCGUUUACAACUCAAUCGGGGGCCCUGGAAGAUACUACAAUCUUGCACCUAGCCAUACAAUGCGCCGAACAGCCUGUUGUUGAGUACGUCCUGUCCGACGGGGCCGGUUCUCUCGACAUCAAUGCCCGGGACAAGGACGGCAAUACCCCCCUUCACGUUGCAGCAACGCAAGGCCGCACCCAGGUCGUGCGUCUACUUCUCGAGAACAAGGAAAUCAACGAUGCCAUUGCCAACCACCAGGGGCGUCUCCCCAUCGACCUCGCUCGGAAUCCCGAAAUCUUCCAACAGCUACAACUGUCAAGAUCCUUGUUCGCUGAGAACAAAGUUAGACAAAUUCAGGAUCUCAUCCUGCACGGCGAGCUCAAGGUUCUAGAACAGGUGUUGGAGGAGCCACGCUUCAAAACGGUGCUAGAUAUCAAUAGCCCCGAGUUCUCGUCGGAGCCAAACACGGUGCAAGCCGGCGGCACCCUGCUGCACGAGGCAGCUCGCCGUAAAAAUAGCCGGCUGAUUCAGGUUCUGCUACUGCACGGGGCUGAUCCGUUCCGCCGGGAUCGCAAAGGAAAACUGCCGCAGGACGUGACCAAAGACGAAAUCACCCGCGCCAUGUUGAAAAAGUCCCCCGCUGCCGUGGCGGCACAAAGGGGCAUCCAAGAGAAGGCUGUCCUCGGGUCCACCACCCAAGGUGCGGCCACAGCGACGCCCGGCGAUCCGCUGGCCGGACGGGAAGCGCGGGAAAUGAAGGGCUAUCUCAAGAAAUGGACCAACUAUCGGAAGGGGUACCAACUACGAUGGUUCGUCCUCGAAGACGGUGUCCUCAGCUACUAUAAGCACCAGGAUGACGCUGGCUCUGCCUGUCGCGGCGCUAUCAACAUGCGUAUUGCCAAGCUUCACAUGAGCGCAGACGAAAAGACAAAAUUCGAAAUUCAUGGCAAGUCCUCAGUUAAGUAUACUCUCAAGGCAAACCACGAGGUCGAAGCGAAACGGUGGUUUUGGGCCCUCAACAACUCUAUUCAAUGGACAAAAGACCAAGCCAAGGAAGAGGAACGACAACAAGCGCGGAACGCCGAGCUGCUGAAGCAAGCCAAGGCCGAGCACUCUCACCUCUCAGAAUCGCCGAGUGAAAACGCCAGCGUUGCCGAACAGUCGCGCAGCAGCAUCCAGCUCACGCGGAUGCAUUCCUCGGCCCGUGCCUCUAGCAAGAGCGGAUUCCCCACCAUCGGGAGCAAUGAUGAGGAUGACUUUGCGGAUGCAGCCACCGAGGCGGACAAGACGGACCGAAAUGGUGGGACCAUUGCGGAUGAAGCCGAGGACGAUGACGAGUAUGGCGAAGGGUCUAGUGGACAGGAUGCCCCACCAGCAAACAAGGACGCCUUCAAUAUUACCGCCCAGUCCGCCAAUAAGAGCCCGGCUAUUACCUUGGCUGACCCCAAGACAUCGCAAGCUCUGGCCACUUACGACGCCGCCAUCCGCUCGCUUACCGGUCUGGUUGGGGAUCUACUCCGUAUUUCAAAAGACCGCGAUGCGUACUGGCAAUAUCGCCUUGACCGGGAGUCCGAAAUGCGGCGUAUGUGGGAAGAGAGCAUGGCGCAGGUCGCCAAGGAACAGGAGGCGCUCGAGGCCCGUGUUGGCGAAUCCGAACUGAAGAGGCGGAUGACGAAGCGGAUUCUCAAGGAAGUUGUUGAAAAAGGCAUGCUUGAAAGCAGCCAAACCGGCCUUUCGACGGCCCAAGCGGCUGAAGCUGCCAUCCAAGAAGAGGAGGGUACUGUGAUGACUCAAAUUGCCGAUAUUUCAGACUCCGAGUCCGACGAGGAAGAGUUCUUCGAUGCCGUCGAUGCCGGCGAAGUCGAGGUGUCCCAGUUACCCCCUUCGGAGCUCACCGCCUCUCAAGAAAAGCAGCAGCUCAUUAUCUCGGACACCUACGACAUCAGCAACUCGUUCAGGGGCUACGAGAACGGCAUUCGCACACGGUUGAAGAUGGAUGCGGAUAAUCGGCCGAAAAUCUCACUCUGGGGCAUCCUCAAGUCCAUGGUCGGAAAAGACAUGACCAAGAUGACGCUACCCGUCUCUUUCAAUGAACCUACCUCGCUCCUCUACCGCUGCGGUGAGGACAUGGAGUAUGCCGACCUCCUGGAUCUCGCGGCCGACCGAGCAGACUCUGUCGAACGCUUGCUGUACGUGGCGGCAUUCGCUGCCAGUGAGUACGCAUCCACCAUCGGCCGUGUCGCCAAGCCGUUCAACCCGCUGUUGGGCGAGACCUUCGAGUACGUCAGGCCGGACAAGAACUACCGCGGCUUCAUCGAGCAGCCUGGAACCUCCAAACUCCUGAUUGAGACCCGAAUUGACCCCGGCUAG